AUGAACGCCAUAAACAUGCAUGAUUAAGAAACCUAUGAAGAGUUUAGAAUUUUGGGAAAUUAAGUUUUCGAUUUGAAUCUUAUGAAUGUCUAUAUCCCUAGUUAAACCCUAGAAUAAGGAUAAUUAGAUAUAUUAAACAUUUUAAGAAAUAUUCCUUAGUUUAUUGAUACUUAUGCAUAUAAUUUACAUAAUUAAUCAUUUACUGAAAUUACGACUUUAGAAUCAAAAUAGGUUACAACAGUAGGAAUUUAGCAAAUUUCUGAUUCUAUAAGGACACAUGGACUAGGAAUUUUAAAUACUACAGUUAAUUGUUUUUAUGUAUAUUUAAAAUCUAAGAUUAAGCUUUUUUCAGAUUAUUUAAGACAAGAAACUAUCUAUUAAACUCUUAUUAGAGAAGAUAAAUGGUUCUUUGAAUUCAAAGGAUAACAUGAUAACAAAUAUAUUUACGAAAGGGCAGAGAAGUUAUAAAAAGUAAUAAAAAAAUUGGGAAAUUUUGACGACGGAAAGAAUUAUUUAGAUUAAUUUAGAGUACUUUUGACUUAAAUAGGAAAUGCACUUGGCCUUGUUAGAUUAAUUAAAUCUGCUAGUUUAAAUUAUUGCUCUAAAUGUAUCGAAUUUCUUCCUUCUUAAAUUUGUGAGGAAUAAACAUUCGCUAAUAUGGCAUUAGGAGCUUUAAGUGGAGAAGCAACCUUUAAUGCAGGACGAUGGAUUUAUUAUUGGAUUAGAAUUUAUGCUUAAGCUUUUUGGAGUAGAAGAACUUUUUAAAGGUUUACAUUGGUAAGACGUUUUAAAUGA